AUGUUAAAUUUAGAAGAAUUUCAUUUAAAUAUUAUAGACGAAUGUAAUGGGAGAUUUAUUGAUGGUGAUACACUGAUGAAAGAUAUUAUUCGUUAUAUGCCGCGAUUAUAUAAAUUCACAUUUAAUAUUUGCUCAACUAUUAAGCAUUGUGAUCAAACAAAUUUCGCAUUAAAUCAACACAUUGAGAAAACAUUUGAAUAUUUUCAUAAUAGUGAAAUAAUUACUUGUAUUGAUCAUUUCCAAGAAAACGGAUAUAGUCAAUGUCAUAUUUAUUCAUAUCCAUAUAAAUGGAAAGUUUACAAUAACAUAACAAAUAAUUUUCGGGGUGGAUUAUUUACUGGUGUUACUGAAGUAUCAUUAUAUGAUGAACGUCCAUUGGAAGAUGAAUUUUUUCUUCGAAUUGCUCAAUCAUUUCCCUUGAUGAAAGAAUUAACAAUAAGGAAUCUAAAAGCACAAAAUAAUAAACAACUUGCAAAAUCAAAUAAUGAUAAUCAAAUGUUAUCAAUUAUUGAAUAUCCUAAUCUUACUCGACUUGAUCUUGCUUACACUCAUCAUGAUUAUGUCGAAUUAUUUUUAUUUGAUAGGAAAAUGGCUUUGCCAAAUCAUCUUCAUCUUCGUGUCGAUUAUCAAUCACUAGAAAAAGUGACAUCGAAUUUUACAAGAUAUACAAGACCGAAUAAUUGUGCAAAACUUGCUGCUAUAUAUUUUUAUCCGGUGGAUCAAAUCGGUGAACAUAUCAAAAAGUAUUUUCCUCAUACAUGUAUACGUUGUAGUGAUGAUUUUGUAUUACGUAAAUAA